GAACUGUAAAAAGUCUUCGGACGAAUGCAUCGCUAAGGCAAAUAUACACUCGCUCUAACCUUGACCUUCUGUGCUCUUAUCAAAUCGUCAAAUACAAACCACCCGCUGCUUACGCGUCUUUCUUGGAACUUAAGCAUGCGACUUUCGCGAGUACCGCGUUUUGGAGGCAAUGUUUUCCUUUAGCCUCCUCUCACUCUUGCAACACAGAUAGAGGGGUAAACCCUUCACAUAUCCACCAUGCGCAGCAUCGGCCUCUGGCCCUGGUUCAAGGACCAGGGGCUCAUUCCCGUCGAGAUGCCCUUUGCCGUUUGUAACUUGCCACGAGUAAUGCGACUUCUCCAAAGUGACAUCUCAGCCAAGAGAACUCCCGCACCUGUCUUCCGACUAAAGAUCAACGCCCAGUAUCUCGAACAAAAGUGCAUCGCACUAAUAAUAGAAGCAUGCGGCAACCCAAAACCUAAUUACCAAGGCUGUCAUCAAUGCUUCUCCCUUGGCUUGGAGUGCAUAACUGCAGAUGGCUUAGGCCCGGCUGCUGAAGAGGCGGCGGAUCAUACCUGCGCUCGAUGUCUUUUUUUUAACGAGAAGAGUUCUAUGGGACCAGGAACACCGUGUAGCCUACGCAGUCAACAUUCUGCUGGCGCCGCAGAUCCGCAACCUUCCCAGAUCCCCGAGAGCUCGAUCUCUCACAAAGCAUAUGUGGGCUCUACUCGAGAUCACGUCACACAACAAGUCACCGGAUCGGGUAGUCCCGGCGCAUUGUCUACAGCUGUUCCGACCGCAAAGCCAACUACAAACAAAACUCCAUACCCAGCCGCUUUAACGUCAAACCCCCUAUCGGUGAUUCCCCAGAAGCGCCAGGCUACAGACGUGCCCAGACUCAACACUCAAGGCCUCAUUGCCCACCACACAGCUCAACCGAUACCAGACCAGCCAGCAUCAUAUGGCGAGACCGGCGGUCCACGUCUUGCUGAUGCUAACAGACAUCAAGACUCGGCUCGAGAUGUAACUCAGAAAGCCCCUGGUGUUGCUGGUCCUGUUGCUGUGAACACAUCGACUCUGGCCCAACAGACGCCCCGUCUGACUGGCCAGUACACAUGGCAGCCUCCAACCCCAGCAACGCAAUAUGAAAAAUCAUACCCCACUGAUGCUGCCCAGCCAGCCGUGAAGCGCAAGCGAGGACGGCCACCCAAGGACAGAUCUGUCCAGAGUGGGCCCCCUAUGCAAGUGUGGGUUGGAGACGUGCCUAUUGAAAACUACUCUGACGAGCAGCUGGCAGUGGGAAUUAGUGUGUUCACCGCUGAGCUGAACCGUCGGAGGUUCGGCACUCCAUACCCAGCACAUUUUAACCCUAAGAGAACAAUAUUUACACCAGCCAUGCCCGUGACUACACCCCGAGUGUCAGCGACACCGCAAAAUCCCCAAGUUUAUCCACAGGGCCGCUCGCAAGUAACGGCAACUGGUUCGUCACCGGCGGUAUCGGCAUAUGGCCCAUAUCAGACGAAUUUGUCUGGCCCAUCUCCAAGGUCUGGUGCGCAGCCACAGACCUCCCUAGGAAACACUGUGGGUACCAGUACAAGCCAUAGCAAGGCUAUGAUAUCUCCCAGCACUACCUCACAGCUCAUAUCCCCGCCCCCGUCGUCAGGGCCAAGGCAAUUACCAUUGCCCCUCGGUUCCGCCCAAACAAGUCAAGCGACGGGCUUUGCACACAGCACCUCCCCGCUACGGCGAGAAACGACCGUGAGUAUAUCGACUGAAAGCGGUAGUGUCGCCGACGGCUCGACGCAGGGGGAGCAUGAAACAGCUGGUGCGUUGAAGAACACGCUCGCGGGCGCCUCUGGCCCUGCCACCACCCCAUGGGGGCAAUUCUCCCGCAGCCCAUCUGAGGCUGCUCCGGUAAGCCCGUCGGACGACUCGGCCGUGUUCAUUAAGAAUGAGCCGGGCACUGGGAUCCGGCUGGCAGAGCGGCCGGCAAGCAUCGCUACUGCCGCGCUUAGCCUCGCUACUGACUUGGCCAGGACGGAGGAGGGCGGCGCUAGAGAUUACCGGCGACAAUCAUCACCUCGAGUUAAGAUCGAGAGGGAUUGAUUAAACUAGGUCUCUGCGCCGAUAAGGUUUAGUUGGCGAAGAAAGGUUUGCUUUCUGG